AUGGCGGCGGUGCCGGUCCCGAGUGAUGACGAGGACCUGGCGCGAAGUGGGAGCCCUGAGAAGUCCCGGAAGCGCGAGGCGGUGGAGAGUGAAUCGGCCGGGGGGCAGAUGGUCACCUUGGCGGACCUCCAGAGAUUGCUUGAGGCGCAGAGUGUGAACUUGGCGAAGUUGCAGGCGACCGAGAUCAGGGGGGCCAUGCAGGAACUCAAGCAGGCGACCGCCACGGAGAUUAGGGGGAUCAAGACCGAGGUCGCAAAGAACACCGAUCACAUUGCACAGUUGCGUGACCAGGGCGACAAACUUGAGGCCAGGAUCCAGGCGCUUGAGAAUGGCAGGAGUGAGGGCAGCACCAUGUACCCCGGGAGCUCAAGCGAGUCGCACCAAAAGAACCUGCUUAUCCUCGGGGGCUGGUCGCCGGAUACCCAUAGAGAUGACCUUCUACCGGAACUGAGGGAGAUGAUGGAGCAGAUUGGGGUUCUGGCAGAAUUCCAGGAUGUGUUCACCACGGGGCCUAGGAGAGGCCAUGCUAUGGGGAUAGUCAAGUGGCCGGCGGGGCAGUCGGAACAGGACCUCAAGCGCCGUCUGAUCAAAAUCGUGCAGGAAAUCCGUGGGGCGAGCAUGGCCAGUAAAAGCAUGCCGGCAGGGAAGAAUCUGUGGGCAGCCAUCAGCAAGACCAAAAUGGUAAACGAGUCCGAAAAGCAUGCCAUGGAUGUGGAGUGGACCGCUGGCUCCCUGUGGUUGCGAUCCAUGAUGGUUGCGAGCGCGACGAGAGCGGCCCCAAAAAAUGUGGAAGUCGCCAUGGGGAAGAUGGCUGGCACGUGGAUCGACAUCAACCAGAUCGCCAGGCUGCUUGGGACGUCCUCGGCGGAGCUAGAAUUCGAGUACAACGAGUGUCAAGGGCCGUUGGGGGUAAAGGCCGAAGAGGGGGAGGUCUACUUCUUUUCAUGGAACAUAGGUGGCAAAGUCGUGGAAACAGCUUUAGAGCUUCCUCGGAUCCACCCGGGGUGGAAGACAACGUACAUAGAGGAUCGAACACUGGUCCAGUACAGAGGAGAGGACCAGUGGAGAGGGAAUGGCAUAUGCUUCCCAUCUGGGCGCUAUGUGUGCCUGCGAAGGAAGGCCAGUGAUCUGGGAGUGUGGCUGAGGUUGCGUGAUGUCACACUGGGCACGGAGCUCUGGGUGUGGUCAGCGAGACUGAGCACGGGGGUGACGGAUGAUGUCACUGCGGACGAAAUGCAGCAGGUCCUGCAACUCCGUCCCCCUUCUGUGCUCGCGAGUGUCGUGCUGGCGGACUACAACGCCCAAAUCCGUUGGACGAAUGCAGCUGGGGCCCAAGGACAGGCACUGCCUACGUCAGGGAGGUUGGAUUUCCUUUUGGGUGAACUUGACAGGCAGGGCUACAGCCUCAGAGCCCCAGGGGUUGAACAGUGGGACACACCUACCAGUAGACCUCGGAGGAGGAAUGCGAGAGGUCGUCAGAUUGACGGGGUUGCGACGAAGAACUCUAGAAAGCCGGAGGUCCACAUUGACGAGGGAUCCGGGGAUCAUGAGCGGAUAGAAGUUAGGCUGCCGGUGAGCCUGGGCAAGAGCCCGGGGCCGGAGUGGGACACCAGACCCAGGGUUGUGACAGGUGAGAUCCCCCCACAGCCAGGCCUCAAUCAAACAAGGAUGGAGCAACUCGCCGAGCAGUACACACAACCCAGAAAGGGGAACAGAUACCGAGACCCCCCGGAUGUGAGACAGGCCUUCCGCAGAGCUCGCAAGGAGGACACUGAGACAGCCUGGAAGGCAGCUCAGGUCCUAAGACGCCGGGCCCGUGACUCGUGGCAUGAGGCCAAGGUCACCCGUGCGGGGCAGGCUGGAUGGCAGGACCUUAGAGAGUUGAGGGAUAGGUCAGGGACGGAAUGGGCAGUGUACAUGACUGAGGAGGCGUACCGAUUAAAAAAGGACCCCCUGAACUGGACGACAAAGCACUUCGCGGACCUCUUCAAGGAGACGGCGGCCACGGCAGCAGUGACGUGGAACCGCGAGGCCACGGAUGGCGUCCCCUUUUCGGCGGAGGAGCUAAGAUCGGUUGUGGCGAAAGGGAAAACUAAAAAGGCUGUCGGACUGGAUCUCACCUCUUACGAACUGGUGAAGGCGCUCUGCAAAGACGAGACAAGUGAAGGGUCACUGCUGAGCUGGAUGGAGUCUAUCCGGAUGGGAGCAGAGAUCCCUGCAGCAUGGAUGACUACCAUCAUCACGCUUUUGCCGAAGAAGAAUAGACCGGAGUCGCCGGCAGACCUGCGGCCCAUAAGCUUAAGCUCUGCCCUAGGUAAGAUCUUUGGGGGGCUUAUCUUGCAGAGAACCAGAGCAGUCCUAGUGCCGAAGGGGCCGGAGCAGUGCGCUUUGGGAGGACGGCAAACGGCAGACUACCUCUUUAGUGUGUUCAAGUCUUUCGCUGUUGAGACUGAGUGGCGGUUUGGGCUGGGGUGGAUAAAAAUCGACAUCCACAAAGCGUAUGACUCCAUCCAUCGAGGGAAGAUCCUGGAGUACCUCGCCAAGGAGCUCCCGGGAAAUAUGUACCGGGAGUACCAGGCAUGGGCCCGACUUCUCGGCCCGGGAAGUGCUCACGUUCGGACUCCCUGGGGAUGCCAGCGGAUUUCCCAGACGAGGGGCAUCCGCCAGGGGGCUGUUGAAAGCCCGCUGAUAUUCGCUAUAGCGAUGGAGUGCGCGCUACACAAGGCCCAGGCAAAGGAAAACUGGCCGCGAGAGAUCUCCAGUGCUCCAGACAUGUUACUUAGCUCGCUGCUGUUCAUGGACGAUAGCAUCUUGUGGGAUAGCCGGAGAAGCUGCCUCGAGCUUAAGUAUCGGCUCUUCAAAGACUCCCUCCAGGAAUGGGGCCUGUCAGUGAACCCCCGCAAGACCGUCUUCUAUGCCAGUCCGCACUCCCCGGAAGGGAGCGUGAUCCACUUAGAUGAUGUCGAAAUUCGGUCGAGCCCUACUCUCGAGGUUAUGGGGGUUCAUUUCUCUGUUCCCCUCAAACCAGCUGCGAUCAUGGACACAGGGAUGGCUAAAGCCCGCCGCAAGUUUCAUGCUAGUAGGGAUGUCCUGGAGUGCAGAGGGCCCCUCAAGAAACGCCUCACAGUGUUCCAAGCCACGGUGGGCGGAGCAGCUCUGUGGUACUCGGCGGCAGCGACACCUACGCCACAAGGCAUGGGGGCUCUGAAUACGAUGCAACUUGAAAUGGUUGGCCGAAUGGCGGGCCUGAGGCGAAGGACGGAAGAAAGCUGGCUCGAUUUCCGGAAGAGAGGCCUGAGAGCAGCCCGACAGAUCUUGUACAAUGCAGGGAUGGAGAGGUGGAGCACCAUGUGGCUGCGGAGGCACUGGCAGUAUCGGGGCCAUGUAGCCAGAGCGGCACAGAGGACGAGCCCGCCAGCAAGUGCAAUCAUGGACGAAUUCCGCACGCUGAGGUGGUGGAGAGGCCAACAGUGCUGGAGGGACGGAGUGCGACACCCAGCAGCCUUCUACCCCCACUUGAGCAAUGAAGAGAUCCGGCUAAACAGGGCUGCCCGAUGUGGAGAUUGGCGCCAAAUGGCAAGAGACCCGCCAGCGUGGAAGCAAGCGGAAGCGAGGUGGAUACAGCAGAAUGACAUUGCGUGGUGCUCAGGACGGCAACUGGCCCUGAGAAUGUAG